AUGGCCAGCCAGGGCGGUGCCGAGGAUGCCAGCGGGCCUUCACUCUUUCAGGCCCGCAGCACCCGCCACAAUCACAAUCACUUCCAACACGACGAUCUCGUCUACACCCACAACCACAACCAUCAGAUUCGGCACCAUCGCCAACACCAUCGUUUGCAUCCCACUGAGGUCGACGCUGCCGCCUCGCAACACAUUCGUUCACCCCCAAAACGAGAAGGAGAUUUGGAAGGUCCCCCGGUCGUUGUUUUUCAAACCGUAUCUGUCGUCCAUUACCUUGAUGCGAGGGGCGCUGUUACAAGUGUCGGAACCCUGACUUCGACCCCUACGCCCGGUAACCCCGUGGGCCCUCCCGACCUCCUCGACCCCGUUGCACCGAUCUUGUCAGCGCUGCCGGCAGCUGUUUCGGCCGUCCUGACCGGCAUCGGUGCCGUGUUGCCCAGCGUGUCUUUCUCUGGAUUACUUCCCGAUCCGACUGAUGGCGCGCCAUCGUCGACCACCUCCGCCGAGACGGAGACCACCGUGUCUACGUCCUCCUCGGAGACCUCGACGUCCACUCAUUCAACUACCACCACCACCGCCUCUUUCCCGAGUUUGACCGGCGCCAAAAACUCUUCUUCCACACAUCACCCGACACUCUUUGGCAACCAUACAGCUGGCAUUUUCUCGAACCACACACGAGCCAAAUCAUUCGCUUCGUCCAGAAGCACCACGCUCUGGACUACACCUACGAUCGCUAACACCCCCGCGAUUGCGACUGCGCCCGGCGGUCCCGCCACUAUCGAUGCCGUACCCUCGACUACUGUAGCACCAGCGCCAGUGCCCGAUCCACAGCACUCAUCCACCCUCCCUCCCGAGACCCGAAAUGCCGUUGUUGGCGGAGUUGUCGGUAGCGUUGCUGCCAUAUCGCUCAUCGUUCUUGCUUUGCUGUACCUACUGAAAUGGAAGAAGCAGCGCGGCGGAGGUAUUAUGCUACUUGGCGACAACGAUCCUCGAUCGCGGGGCCGGGGCCUUGGGUCUCCGGACCCAUCAAGCCCCGGGGGCGGUGGAAGGACAAUGGCAGAGCGGACCACGGGUGCCUUCACCAUCCCUGCUGCAUUGGCGAGAUUGAGCGGGAAACGGGCGAUCGGGGCUGCACCCCCCGAGCCUGAGUCCCAAGAGAGAGGGUUUUACAGGGUGUCUGGGAGGAAGCUAGUUUCAGUUCUCGAAUCCGGUGGUGACGGUUACACCGAGCCGCAACCGCGCGAGCACCGCCCACACGACAGUGUUGGUAGCGGGAGUCCGUCGCGAUACCGCGACUCAAACCCUUUCUCGGACAGCGCCAGUAUCGGCACCGACAACAACGAUACCCACUUGCAGCUGGGAACCCCGAUGCGGCCGGUCAGCGGCGUUCCGAUAUAUCGAGACGGCGCCCACCGGACACCGGUCCAGCAGCAUGGGCCGUAUUCAGCCGACAUUCGGUCUUCGGUAUUCCCUAUGACUUCGCCGUUUGCGGACGAUGCCGACCACAGUAUCACCUCCAUCGCGUCAAGGGGGUCUGGAUCGAGAUUCUUGGAGGAGGAUACUUUAUGA